UUCUUACCUGUCGAUGUUGCAGUUUCGACUAAACGUCUGCUGUUGUUGCACACCUGUAUUAACCAAGGUCAGACCUUCAAAGGCUUUAUUUUGAGAUUUUGAAACUUCAAGUCGACAUUUUGACGAAGAUGUUGAGAAGAGAAAGAAAGAAGGUCCUUGUGAUGCUCCUUGUAAGUGCCGCUACAGUCAUCAUGUUGGUAAAGUUUCUUAAAAAGGGAAGAAAUAGAAAUGUAUAUCAAGUGGCUGCUAAUGAUAAAGGUUUGAACGUCGCAGUUUGGAAAGAAAUCUGUGGCUCGGAUAUGCGAUCGCUGAAAGAAUUCCCUUUGUUUCCCCACGCUCCGGCAGUGCGUUUAAAAGCGGAGAGAUUGCAGAUGCAUUUCACAAGAGAGUUCGAGAAUUUUGGAUUACGAUUGUAUGGAUUUCUUUCUCCUGAUGAAUCCGGGAGCUACAUUUUUCAAUUAGCGUCAAGCGGAUCGUCAGAACUAUGGUUGAGUCGGGAUUCAAAUCCCGAAAACAGCAAGUUAAUUGCAAAUGUAACAUCAUGGACAACUUUUAACCGUGCACGCGAGCAAGAUUCGAUUCCAUUAUUAGCUGGAAAGCGCUACUAUAUGGAAAUUUUACUUAAACAUGGCCACCAUUAUUGGUGGAAUGAUAAUUUUCUUCAACUUAAAUGGCGAUCGUCUAAAUGGGAAGACGAACCAAGAGAUAUACCAUCAAAUGCUCUCUUUGCAUUUGAACAUGAUCAGACUUCGACCUUGCUUAGUGGCAUCAAGUCAUACUCCACGAUAAAUUAUCCGAUGGCUUCUGAGAUUAACGUCCUCCCAAUGCACAUUGGACAUCGGGAUCCAUCAUCCAUGAAUAAAAUGAGACAUCGUACAGAAAUCUAUCAUCUUCCCUUCAUGAAAGAAGAAGACAGUAAACAUUUAUUUCCUCCUUGUCAGUAUAAUCCAUCCUAUAUCGUGAAAGAACCUUUAAACAGAUAUCAGGCAAUGUGGGAGACUCAUUACACCUCAGUUUACCCUAGCGACUUUUCAGAUAUUACAGCAGGGAUGAUGGAUAAAAAGAAAGGUUUUAUAAGCUUUGGAAAUGACAUGAUGAAUGAAGAGGCAGCAAAGAGUGUAGUGUCUCAAGUUUGGAAGCAGAUAGAGAGCAAGCAUCCUGGGAAGUAUUCUUUUGAGAAAACCUUAAAAGUGGAACAAAAUCAUGAUCAAGGUACAGGAGACAGGUAUUUGGUGGAACUAGAACUUAAAGAAAUUUCAAGUGGGAAACAUUUAAGAUUCUCUGAAUAUGUGUACAGGCCCUGGGAUGCACAUUCUUUAUGCACCCCUGAAGGUGUGGCAUGGAACAAGAGUGCUGUCAUCAACAUCCUUCUCACCACUGGGAACAAACAAGGAAACUGGAUCCUCCAUUUUCUUAAUCACAUGUCAAGAAUAUUUAAAAAAACCAAUGAUUCAAAUUUUAAUGUAGUUGUUACAGAAUUUGAUGGUGUUGAUGUUGACUUGAAAGAGGCUUUGAAGAAGAGUGGAAUCCCACAUUAUCAGCAUGUUAGACUUCAUGAGGGAUUUAAAAAGGCCUGGGGGCUACAGUUGGCUGCCAAUAUGGUUAAAAAUCCGAACUCAAUUGUGUUUGUUAUGGAUCUUCAUUUGGAUCUUCCCAACUAUUUUCUAGAUGAUGUCAGAAAGCACUGUGUUCAGCGCAAGAUUGCUUAUAGCCCUUUGCUUAUCCGCCUGUCUUGUGGGGCCACAGCAAGCCGUCCUGUGGGCUUUUGGGAGACCUAUGGUUAUGGUUUGAUGGGAAUGUACAAAAGUGACUGGGACAGAAUUGGAGGCAUGAAUGUAAAAGAGUUCAAGAACAAAUGGGGUGGAGAAGAUUGGGAGAUCUGCGAUCGCAUUUUGAUGAAUGGCAUGGAGAUAGAGAGACUUAAGAUGGUUAAUUUAUUUCAUUAUUUCCACAGCAAAAAAGGCAUGUGGUCUGAUGCCAGUCAUCGUAAUCAGCUAAGUGACUCUACAGACAGAUACUGGCGGUGAUGUCUUUAAACAAUAGACUGCACUUUCUAUUAUUUUACCCUUUUCUCAAAAGUCACUUUAUGAACCCAAAAUGAUAUUUUCAAAUCUAACCAAGGGAAGUAGAGUGCAGGUGUUGGGUAAAAAAUCAGGUCUUCUGUUUCAUCUCCUGAUAUUUUUCAUUGUUUACAUUUCUUAGCUACCAAUAUCUGCACCUUGAAUGAAACACAGUAAACAAAAACCACCUUUUGGGCUGGCCUCUUGAAUUACCUGGUCUUUUCUAGAAAUGAACCCCACCAUUAGCUAUACAGAAUGUUGGAAAAAUGAGAGAAAGGGAUGUACUAACAAGCAUUACUAGUGUUCUGUAAUUACCCCAAGAAGGUUAUCAUACAUUGGUGAACUGAUAGAAAGUGGAGUCUAUUGCUUCUUAUAAAUAGCUAUAUAAUACAGUGAACAAUUAUUGAUCUCUGACCAAUCAGAGUGCCCACAAUAUUUUAUGUUUUGUAUACAGAAAUUACCACCUAUUUAUGUAAGAAUGUUGAGUUUUUGAAAACAAUAUAAGAAUGGAGAUCUACAAGAAUGUAAAUGGACUUUCAAGUUU